GUUUAUUAUGACGGAGGAUAUAUAAACAGUCUGCAACAUUUUUAUCCGCUUUCGCCCUACGAUCACCAGUAUACGAGAAGACGUCGUCUGUUUCAGCAGAAGGAAACGCUCCGCACCAAGAUGUAUCUUCCUGUAAUAGUGGCACUUUUGUUGACGGGAGUCUUUGCAGAAUUGUGUCCAGACAACGACAGCCCAUUCAAGCUCAAUCUGGACCUUCCAUUGCCCAUGAGAGAAAAGACUUGGCUGCUUGCAGUUGAUGGAGACUGGUUUCCCUAUUCUUACUUGAGCAAUCAGACCGGCCAGGCGUUGGGUCUUGUCCAGGAGCUCGUAUACGAGGCCUGUACCAGAUGCAACAUGAGAUGCAAGACUAUCUAUCUUGCAAAUGAUGGAAAAACUUGCUGGGACCCUGUUGGACCACCCCCUCUACAUUCUGAAGGUUUGUUCAAUAGACAUUUUGACGGAUGUCUUGGCUGGGGUGCCACACUGUUCCGUGAAAAUGUGCUGAAAUUUUCCGCUCCUUUCCUGGAACCAAAGAGAGGGAGAUUCUACACGCGAACGACAUCCGACAUAAAAAGUCUAAGUGACCUAGUUCCCGGAAAGAAAGUCGGCUUUGUCGAUGGACACUACUUGGACGUGUACUGCGGACGAGCAAUCCUAAAAAGUCAGGGCAAUUCACAGCUUGCCGGAGCAGAUAUACUCAAAUACCCAACUUCAUUUACUGACGUAUUGCAGAAACUCAAGGUCACUAAAGAGCUAGACGUCGCUUUCCUGCCUGAAUACCAAGAAGGCACCGAGGACCUGCUAGUUCUAGGCGGUGUACAUAACUGCACGACUUCUGGCUUGGGUAUCAUGCACAGGAAAGAUGUUGACUUCUCAUGGUUUGGAAAAUGCUUAGCCGAAGUAGAAAGAGUUGGACGAUAUAAAGUAUUAUGUGAUCGAUAUAAUUCUCAAAGAUGCCUUCGUGUUGCACCUUAGACGAAAAUAACGGUACAACGUCAUACAAAAGUAAACCUGAUGCGACAACACAACAAGGUUUACUUUAGCUUGGAAUGACUCGUUCAAACCAAAUGAUGACCGUUAACAAGAUAGAUAAUUGAAUUGAACUUUAUCAUCAUGGACUUUAAAGCCAAAAUGUAUUUGUAUUAACUAGUCAUGUUUACAUGUAAAGCAAACACGUGCUCCAAUAAAAUAGUUAAAGGGUUUAUAUUUUUCAAA